UUCGACGUAGAUCGUCGCCGUCGUCGUCGUUUUUCGUUGUCGUCGCCGCCGUCGUGAAGUCGCCACGUCAAGUUAUACGCGACGGUUAUUUUUUUUCCACCUAAAGCGAUCGACUGACUGUGUUGUGUGUACUACAUUAACCAAACCCGUUCUCGAGGUCAUCCAUUGAUGCACCUUCGAAACCCACCUACGUGAAUUGUUUUCAAUUUUACGACCUCGAUUGGAAUUUCAAAUAGCCAAGUAUUUCCCACCGAGAGAAGUGUAGUGGAUUCAGUUUUGGGGGUCGGGGACGGAAGCAAGGCUGCUCGACUUGAAGUUCAAUGGAAGUGCGUGAGAAGUGCAAAAUCGGCACAUUACAGCAACAACAAUCGGUUCUAAAGCAGCAACAGCGUUCAAAACUGGAUUAGCUACAGCAACAAUACCAGCGGCAGCAAACUACAAACGUUGAAGAAACUGUGUUACUGGACAAAGUGGGUUCAAGUGCGUACAAAUUCCCCUGGGGCCACUACUAGAGCCUGGGACUUUUCGAAGAUCGUUCUGAACACCGCUUCGCUAAUUUGGAGUAAAGUUACGUGCGGAGUGCCAAGCACAACAACAACAUCAUUAGCAACAACCAGAAGAGAGGCAGAAAAAAAGGAAGAAGAUACCUCCUGGACGUUGGACGACGGCAGGUUGGCAAUUUUGCAUUCCGCGACCGGCAUCGCUAAUGGAAGGGCGUUCCUCGAAGUUGGCGUUUCUGAAAGUACCACCGGCCGGAGAAUCGCUGCAACUGCAAUCGGGAGAAGGACAUCCGGUUCCUGCGAGGUGUAAUUGGAGCCAUCCGAUCAUCAAUCUGUCGUACCUGGUACAUUCCGGAAAAUGGUGAAAGCUGUGAUGUGUGUUUGAGUUUUUUUUUCUGCGAAAAUGUGAUCUUUGUGGGGAGGAAAAAUGAAGAGGAAAAAAAUCCCUAGCUGCCAAAGUGCUUUCAUCGAGUUCGAAGCGGGUCUUCGCGAGAAAAUAAGUGAUGCUUAAUUGAGAAUGCAGCAGAGCUGUACGACGAGGGCCAGUGCCAAUUUUCUCUGGUCGAUUUGUGUGAUAAGUUGAGUGACAAAGUGAAAAUUUCCACCGUCUAAUUGCUGUUUACAUUCGGCGGUAAGCUGAAUACACAUACCUACUAAAGUGUCCUUAGACGCCGAGAUUGUGAGAUUCUAAUCAGCUUCAAAGUUUUAUAUUUAUCGAUGGAAUAGUGUGUACAAAUGAUAGUUGUGAUAAGUAUUCUAGUUCAAACAACGUAAAUCUGGGGCCAAAAUUUGCUGCAUCCUGUUAAGUUUCUUAAGUUACCUACCCGAAUAGCUACCACCUAUCAAUCAAUCAAUCAAUCUUGUGUAAGUGUAUCCGAGAGAGAGUGCAUGGAAAUAAAAAUCGUGUGACCGCUGUGCUAACCAGGAAGUGGUUUACGGGAAAUAAUUAAAACCACAUUGGCCGGCUACACCCGAAAUCGAUUUCAAUUUGUGCAAGCUUAGCGCUAGUAGGAAGUGUUCCCGCCGUUCGUUCGGCUCUAAUUAAAACGAGGACCUGAUCCAGAACCGUCGUUCGGGGUCGGGGAAUCAGCUAGUUGCAACAAACAGCCAACCAACCAAACGGCUGGUUCCGAAAAUAGAACCAGAACUUCAUUCGCCGGACGUCGUCGUCGUCGUCGUCUUCGUCGUUGAAGGCGAUUGGCAGUAAAUAGAAAACAACCGCUCCAGGUCAGCCAGGUGGAUGACAACAGCAACUAAGACAGCCAAUAUGGGCAAAACCAACAAGACGACAGCAGCAGACAACAAACAACAGCAACUACAGAAUGAACGUAGAAUACGAGCCAACGAUAGAGAGUAUAACACACAAUUCAAAUAUGCUAACAACUACAUCAAAACGUCCAAGUACAGCGUGUUAACGUUUCUGCCUUUGAACUUGCUGGAGCAGUUCCAACGUCUUGCCAACUUUUAUUUUUUAUGCCUGCUGAUCCUGCAGCUGAUACCGGCAAUUUCGUCCCUGACGCCGGUUACGACGGCCAUUCCGCUGAUAGGGGUCCUGAUGCUGACCGCCAUCAAGGAUGCGUACGAUGAUUUUCAACGCCACAUGUCCGACUCCCAGGUUAACAACCGCCGGUCCAAAACUCUUCGACACGGGAAGCUGGUGGACGAACGAUGGUCCGGGGUCCAAGUGGGUGACAUCAUCCGGAUGGACAAUGACCAGUUCGUGGCGGCCGACAUCUUGCUGCUUUCUUCCAGCGAACCGAAUGGGCUGUGCUUCAUUGAGACGGCCGAACUCGACGGGGAAACGAAUCUCAAGUGCAAACAGUGCCUGCUGGAAACGGCCGUCCUCGGCGAGCAGGAGGAUAUGCUGUGGAGGUUCAACGGUGAAAUUAUCUGCGAGCCGCCCAACAAUCUGCUCAACAAGUUCGAGGGCACCCUCACGUGGAAGAACCAACGAUAUCCGCUGGACAACGAGAAGAUCCUGCUGCGGGGCUGCAUCAUCCGGAACACCCAGUGGUGCUACGGGGUCGUCAUUUUCGCCGGCAAAGACACCAAACUGAUGCAGAACUCGGGCAAAACCAAGUUCAAGCGAACUACCAUUGAUAGGCUAUUAAAUUUUAUAAUAAUAGGGAUAGUAUUUUUUCUGUUAUCCAUCUGUGGAUUCUGCACGAUAGCGUCCGCAAUAUGGGAAGCGAUAGUAGGCUAUAAAUUUCAAAUCUAUCUGCCAUGGGAAAACAUAAUUCCAAAGGAUUAUCUACAGGGUGCUACCAUCAUCGGCUGUCUAGUCUUUUUUUCCUACGCAAUAGUACUGAACACAGUGGUGCCAAUCUCCCUCUACGUAUCGGUGGAGGUGAUACGUUUCGUGCAAUCAUUCCUAAUCAACUGGGACGAGAAGAUGUACUACGAUAAGAGUAAAACGCACGCCAAGGCGCGAACGACUACGCUUAACGAGGAACUCGGACAGAUUCAGUACAUCUUUUCCGACAAAACGGGCACGCUGACGCAGAACAUUAUGACGUUCAACAAGUGCAGCAUAGGUGGGCGAUCGUACGGGGACGUGGUCGAUUCGCGGACCGGCGAAACCGUCGAGGUGACUGAGCCCACAUACAACAACACCAGUAACAAAACGCUUUUACUAACCGCUGAAGAACCACCGGGUCGCAGCUCACCGCAAUCUAGUCCCGGCUUUGCCACCAACACCAACACCUUGUCCUCCAUACACUCCGAUACAACUAGUGCAAGUACUACCACGCUCAAACCCGUCCUGAGUGAUUACAACGACUAUCAGCUGCCGUAUGAACAAUGCGCGAACUAUACUGGCAGCCCUACUCGAUACUUCACCAAUAGUAGCACCACCACUAGCAACACUUCUGCCGCCAAGAAACACAACCAAUCACUGCACGUUAGAUUCAGUCAGCACGACGACAGCAACGGAACGAUAACUACUAGCACAGCGGCACCUGGAUCAGGCUCCAGCCGGCAUCACUACUACCAACAAAUUCCAACCAAAACACCGACUCAAAAAAAAACUUCGUCAUCAACACCGCCGAAUUAUACGGCGGCGACGACCUAUUCCAAGAUUUCCGAUGGCAUUCGGCCAUCGGCGACGGUGAUGUUCUUCGACAAUAACACCACCACCACGACGACGACGACCUCCACUACCACCACAAUAUCGACGACUACUGAGCCACCUGGCGGGAGCAAUGCGCAAGGAGUGCAUGUCACCGAGCCGGUGGACUUCUCGUUCAACGCCGAGUACGAGCAGGACUUCCGGUGGUACGACCAGAGCCUGCUGGAUGCGGUCCGGGCCGAGGAGGAGCACGCCCACAACUUCUUCCGGCUGCUGGCCCUCUGCCACACCGUGAUGCCGGAAGAGAAAAAUGGGCGGCUCGAGUACCAAGCACAAAGUCCGGACGAGUCGGCUCUGGUAUCAGCGGCCCGAAAUUUCGGCUUCGUGUUCCGCUCCAGAGCACCCAACAGUAUAACCAUCGAGGUGAUGGGAAAGAUGGAGGAGUACGAGUUGUUAAGUAUUCUAGAUUUUAAUAACGUGAGGAAACGAAUGUCAGUGAUAUUGCGGCGCAAUAACUCCAUAAUCCUAUAUUGUAAGGGAGCUGAUAGUGUGAUAUACGAUAGGUUAGGACCAAAUCAGCAGGAUCUGAAAGCGAGAACGCAAGAGCAUUUAAACAAAUUCGCCGGCGAAGGUCUCCGGACCCUGGUUCUGGCCGAGCGGAGGCUAACGAAGGAGUUUUUCGAAUCGUGGGUGCUGCGGCAACGAGAAGCCGCCCUUUCGAUGGACGGUCGGGACGACAAACUGGGAGCAAUCUACGAUGAAAUCGAGUGUGAUAUGAAUCUGGUCGGGGUGACGGCAAUCGAGGACAAACUACAGGACGGGGUGCCGCAGACCAUUGCCAACCUACAGAUGGCCGGCAUCAAGAUCUGGGUACUGACGGGGGACAAGCAAGAAACGGCCAUCAAUAUAGGAUAUUCUUGUCAACUUUUGACGGACGAAAUGGUGGACGUAUUUGUGAUAGACGGUAUUAGCAAAUUGGAGGUUGAACAACAGCUGAGAAAAUGCGUGGAAUCGUUACGGAUAGUUAACACUUAUCAUCCUACCACGCUUCCGAAGGCAACCUUCAACAACCAGAACGCCAGCGGACUAACCUCGCAAACGGGUGCGACCGCCAACGGAGGCAACAGCGGCAGUUCCGGACCAAUGAUCGAGAUCCAGAACUCAUCGCCGCCAUCGGUUUCGGUGGUUACCUUUAGGUGGGAUAAUAGGCAUAAAUAUAGAAGUAUAGGAGGAAGCGAGGAGGCGGCUGACAGGUAUUCUUCGGAACCCCCUUUACCCAUACUACCUACUUUCUACUUGACCACUUACUUUUCACACCACCACCGCCAGUUUUCUGUCCCUAUGUACUACUUCAUGGGCGUAUAGAAUGUUUUGACAUCGGAAUUUUGCUAAUUCUGUUAACCACCUGGACUUGUACUGUCGUACCUACUUAGAACCUAUCUACUAUCGGACUUUAUCUUUCUUUCUUUACGUUUGGUUAAAACCUUUUUACUUUUUCUAUUUGUUUCGUUAUUUAUAGACUUGUUAAUGACUAUCCAUAUUAUUUAGAUG